AUGGAUCAGUUGUCCCAACGGGACCAGAUGCAGGUGAUGCAAGCCCUCAACGAGAUGCAAAUGCAGGAGAUGAUGAACACAUACAACAACUUGGUGGAGAAGUGCUUCAAUGAAUGCAUCACAAGCUUCCGCACAAAGGCUUUGGAAGGUUCUGAGGAGCAAUGCGUUACCAGGUGUGUACAGAAGUUCAUGUCAUUCAGCCAGUUGGGGCCACAGUCGGUCUGCUUCCAACUGGUUGCAAAUAUGCUCGCCAAAAAUCGCGCUCAAGAAACAGUUGAUUCGAUGUGGAGGCGUGUGUCCUUGCGCUUUCAAGAGAAGCAGCAGCAGAUGCAGUUGCAGCAGCAGCACGGCUAA